AUGGCAUCAGGAGCGUCGAUACCUGAACAACUGGAUGGCUUGCUCAGUGAUGUGCUAGCUGACUGGAACGUUUACACCAGCUUAAUCGCCGGCGCUAUUGUCACCCUCGCCGUCGUUUCUUUUGUUACCUCGAAAGACCCGGAAAUCCAUCCAUUCUUACUUGCUCGCCAAUCCACCGCCUUUCCCGUCCGACAACCCGGCGAGUCUGCUGCGUAUAGGAGCCUGGAGACCCCGCAUGGGUUCCCCCUCAGAGCUGGCCUAAAUGUGAAGGAUCCCGGGGCGCCGAAGUGGACAAGUGGACGAAAUGGCGACCUGCGUGAUAUAUGGAAGGCCGCGCUGCGUGGAAAGGUUGAAGAAAAUGGCUCGUCCGGUAAACUGGGCAAGAUAUUUACAGUGCUCGGAAGACAAGCAAUAGAACACUCGUUGGACCAAAUCACAGCGGAAAUCAAUGUGAUAGGAAGACGUCUACAAUCUGCUAACACGAAAGUUGUCGCUGUUUGUUUGACUGACUCUGUUGAGCUGCUGGCCUCUAUCUUCGCUGGAGCUUUCUAUGGAUUCAAGGUCGUCAUUGUCCCCCACAACCUCGCUGCCGAGAAAUUGUCUGGACUGUUGCAGAAGGCGCAAGCAGAUACGCUGAUUGCCGAGGCGGGCGGCGUCGACCUGGCCCAGGUGGCUGCGAAAAACAAGCAACUUUCUCAUGUUGUGUGGGUUGCGAAAAUUGGAAGCAGACAUAUGGACUGGAAUGAUGUACCCAAGGAAGUCGAAGGCCGCCUAGAUGUGGCUGUAUGGCAUGAGCUCGUUGAUGAGAAGAAAGAAUUGACCGGGCUGGAAGUUCCCGAAUGGGACCCUAACUCUCAAUCUCCUCCUUUGUCCACGCUUUGGGGAGAAGAAUUUGUGGAAUAUAGGCCGGAGAGUCUGGUGGCAGGUAUUGCGGGCUUGAUUUACGCCCUGCCUCGGACACAGCGGCUGAACAGUGGGGAUUUGGUUCUCUCAAUCGAUUCUCUUUCGCGGAUGUACCCUCUAUGCCAGGUUUUGGCCGCUCUUUUCACCAAUGCUUCAGUGGCGCUCAAUUCUGUUGCUGGAGGAAACGUUGAUUUUGCUCUUGCUACCGUUGGAGUAUCCCCCACUGUCAUUAUCGCAUCCUCCCGUACGAUAUCCGAGUACUACGCCAAGUUUAUGAAGCCGCACUCUGGAUUUUUCUCCUCCGCUGCCCGUUGGUUCCAGGUGCGGUCACUUGACUCUGGGAAUAUGCCAUCUCGGGGAUUUUUCAGUCGGCUGGCCACUGUUGGGCCAACUGCAGAGCUUUCCCUUGAUAGACUUCGUCUGCUUUGCAUUGCGCACCGGGUCGACGAAGGCUCAGAAGUUCGUCUCGAUUAUGAGCAACUGACCGACCUUAGGGUCCUCACCGGGGCGCGUGUUGUUUAUGCUUUGACUGGCCCGGGAGUUGCUGGCGCCAUUUCACAGACAAAUGUCUUCGACUAUCGUCGCUUUCAAGGGCUUAGCCAUUUUGGUGCACCCUUGAGCACGGUCGAAAUCCAUCUCACCAACGUUUCUGAAAAUACGGAGCAAGGACAGCUCACGAUUACCGGGCCAUCGGUGGUUUCUGGUAGGACGACGUUGCCUGUACAGGCUUGUAUUCGGGAUGACAAUACCUUUGAUCUAUGCUCUUGA